GUUGCGUCCAUGGACUGCAGCCGGCGAGCUGGGCGCGAGCUCGGGAGCUGGGCCGCCCGCCGCCGCCGCGCGCGCAGCCACGGCCUCGGGGACUGCCUCUGCGGGUUCGAGUGCCAAGUGCCGGACCUUCCACUGGGCCUCGAGUGGGCACCCGACCCUCUGACGAAGGACCGGGAGCCUGCAUCGUCGUGUGGGCCCGACCUCGGCCAGGCGUCGGACAGGGCACCGAAGAAGCAGGCGACCGGCCCGUGGGAUCCGUCGAGUGAAGUCGCCGUAGAAGUGCUGCGCACGGGGGCGCACGAUGGGAAGCCCGUCGUGUUCGUGCCUCCGCAGCACUGGGACCGCUCGGAGUGUCCCACGGCGGCGGCAACAGGCAGGAAUCUCAGCGGCCGCGCGGCCCGCGCGCUCGCGGAGGAGGCGGGGGGGGGGUCCACCCCGGAGCCGUGCUGCGGGGAGCCCAACGUCAUGAACCCACAGGCCACGGCAGCUGGGACAUGCGCCGAGGCAGAGGCCCUCAGCCCCACUGGGCGCGCGACGCUCACGAUGGAGGGGCAGCUCGCCGUCGCCCGCUGGAGCGCUGGAGCGGGCGGGGAGCGCGGCGCAGCGGGGCAGAGCAGAGGGCCCCUCGAGCGGCGCGGGGUCCACCCGCACCGCACCGCCACCCGGCGAGAGCGCCGCGAGCGUGCCCAGGCGCGCCGCGACCUCAGGGCGAGGCUACAGUUCCAGCUGCUGAGCCAGCACCACGGCAGCACGCCCCCGACGUCGGCCAGCAUGGGACGCUCUGCCGACUACACCGUAUGCAAGUCCUGCGGACAGUGGUGGUGGAACUCGAAGCUGGAGGGCAUGAACUACCGCUGCGGGACCUGCGACAAGAUGCUUCCCAAGCCGAAGAGCCACAAGGGCCACGCGGCGGAGGCGGCGACCAGAGGAGGCGGCGGCAGCAGCGGCAGCGCGGGAGGCGGCAAGGCCAGCGGCAAGGGCAAAGGGCCCGAGCAGCUGGCGCAGGCGCUGCAGCUCAUCACCGCCUCCCUCGGCCAGCUGCAGAUCGAGGGCAGCGAGACGAUCACAAAGCAGAUCCAGGUGGCCACAACGGCACUGCAGACGGCCAAGACGACGGCCCCGCAGAAGCCGAGAGCCGAGAGGAUGGCAGCCGCAGCACGAUCACUGCAGACAGCCCAGCGGCAGUACUCGCAGGCGUUCGCGGCGAAGCAGAAAGCAGAGGAGGAGGCGCGCAAGGCGCGCGAGCUGCUGGAGGAGAGGGCCAGCGCAGUCCUGCAGGCCGAAGCGGAGUGCGACGCGAUCCACCAGGAAGGAAAGCAGGCCCCCACGGCUGGCAUCAUCGAGCAGCUGGUGACGGGACAGCUCGAUGAGCUAACAGGUGGACAGCUGGCGGAGGACAUCAGCAAGGAGUUCGCGCUGGACGACGACGACUUGGAUGAGGAAGCCAGGAAGCAAGUCGAGGAGGCCAAGGCACAGGUCGUCAAGCAGAUGCAAGACAAUGCCAAGCAGUUCCAGGGACACCUGCGAGAGCACCUGGCGAAAGCCAAGGCAGCCGCGAUCGAGAAGCGGCAGGUGAUCAAGCAGGAGGCCAAGAAGAGGAAGCUCGCCACAGGGCGGCGGCGGCAUCAUGUUGGCGACGCCGCAGCCCACGAGCGCACCCUCUUCUGCGCCAACAUCUCGACCUGGGGACCCACAGCACGGCUGUGGCUACUGCAGCAGGGCAUCGGAGGCAACGGCUUCGACAUGCUGGCGCUGCAAGAGAUGCACGUACUGCACUCUCAGUUAGACGACGCGGAGCAGGAGCCCUCCCACAUCGACUUCGCGAUGACGAACGACGCAGGCAGCAAGCUGAUCACAGGAGUCGAAGGCGUCUACGACGUACCAUGGAAGCCACAUAUCGGACUGAAGUUCACAAUUCGUGGACAGGGACUUGCGACGCAGUGUAGGACGAUCAACCUGCCGAAGGCGUUCCCGCACCCACCGCGGAAGGGCAAGGCGCCCAACCCGCAGAGCAAGAGAACUAAGAGACGCCUGCAGGCCAAGGCCAAAGAGGAGGCCGAGGCCAUCGCUGCUGGAUCCCAGACCAUGGAGAUCGGCGGCAAGAACGUGGAGGAGCUGGACGACGAGCGCUGGGAGGCACUCUCCCCAGUCGCAGGCUGGGCCAGCUUCCCGAACACCGUGCGCGACGAGGUCGGCCAGGGCACGGCGCCCAGGCCCCCGUCUCCACCUCGCCCCCCCUGCUCCGUCGGCCCAGCCCCUCUGGGCGGGCACGGGGGACCAGGCAGAGACGGCGCAGAGGCCCACGUGCAAGAGGAGUACAGGCACCACAUGGACGACGAUGAGGUCGACGUGUUCGCAGACCUGGACCCCGAGGACGAGGCCGAGGCAAUCAGGAUGUGCGACGAGUUCGGCCAGGACCUGGAGCAGAGCUGCAUGCCGCCAGUGAGUCAGAACGCGUCAAAUCCCACGACGGUGCUCCUCGAGCCGUACGUGGGUUCACCGUCGCCUGUAAGUUUUGCAAUUUCUGGCGCAUGCAUCUACGACCCCACCCGGCGUCAGAUCGCAAGUCCCACAUCGGCGCUCCUCGAACCGAUGGUGGGCACUGGCAGUCAGAACGCACGCCGCAGCUUCGACACCGUCGGGCGUCAGAAUGCAAGACCCCCCUCGGUGCCCCUCGAGCCGACGGGGGGCUCAGCGUCGCCACAGAGCCACACCAACAUCGACGGGAGUCAGAGCGCAAAUCCCACCACGGCACCGCCGUCGGUGGGGUCAACGUCGCCACGACUCGAAACUAGAGGAGAAGACACGACCGAGAUGGGAGAGCUCUGGGAAAUGAUGGAGCUGGCUGCAGAGGCACCCGUGGAGAAAGAGGCCCCAGAGUACAUCGCCAAGUGCGCCGCGUACCAAGCGACCACGCAAGCCUCCAGGGACCUCAGCCUGAGCUUCUCCUCCAUCAUGAACACGAUGGAGCACUUCUACUGCAUGGCGUACCGCAUCGACCCCCUUGACCGUGCGAAGUACUGCGGCAGAGGCGACCCGAGAACAUUCACCAUGCGCAAAGGCAAAGAGAAGCACGAGAGGAGAGAGCGGUAUGCAAACCGCAGAGCUGACUGGUGGAGCAGAGCCGAGAACACCCUGUCCUUGCUGGCGAGGCUGCGCAAGAAGAACAGGGACGUGAGGCAGCAGCUGCACCUAGAGGCCGCAGGCAGACACCUCGCCUACGACGGCCUCCCGAACACCAGCGACCAGGCAUCGGACACGGCGAAGCUACACCGAGAGAUCUGGAGAAAGAGGCUGACAGACUUAAGCAAGGUCGACACAGACGUAAUCCUGGGCAUGGCGCAGCAGGCAGAGCAGGAGAAGCGGCUCGCACUCAAGAGGGACCUCCAAGAGAAUUCGCGGGCCUUCGCACAGUGGCUGGCGCGGGCUGAGAAGGACGUCGGCGUGCUGCACCGCAUCACGAAGCCACCGCCCAGGCGUGAGGAGGAGGUUGUUACUCAUGAAGGGGUGCUGGACUGCCCCACCAAGAUAGUCGACGAGAAAGCGAAGGCGUUCCAGGACAUCUGGAAGUGCGACCGACUCAAGCACGAGCAGCACACCGAAGCGAUGAGGAGAGUCAUCAGCGACGAGUGCUGCGACGCGCUCCAGCUGUUCCACGGCAACCUGCUCGCGGACAUCGAGAAGUUCUACGACAGCCUUCAGCUCGACUGCGUGAUCGAGGCGGGCCUGAGGCAAACCAACAACAGGGCGGAGCUCUUCAGCCUGAUCAGCUUCGUCAACGCCACGGAGGGUAAGGCCAGCUUCUGGACCGACAGCGAGGUCACCUGCCUGGGCUGGGCGGCGCGACGUGAGGAGACCACAUGGCUCGGCUGCACGAACGGGGACUUGUGGCACCAGCUGGGCGAGGCGAUCCGUGCGCGAGGAGGCGACCGCAACGACAUCAGCGUGCACCACCUCAACAGCCACAUGACUGAGCAGGAGGCCAUCGCGAAGGGCAUCACGAGGCGCAUCUGGGCAGGCAACCAGGCCGCCGGCCAGUACGCAGACGCAGGCGCCAAGACCCACGCGAUCAGCGACACCGAGAUGAGCUGCUACGAGUGGGUGAAAGCGACGGCGCACCUGGUGAGGCUCAGGAUCGCUGCAACCACCAAGGACGUCAUCACCAGAAGGCCGCCAGACGAGAAGGAGAUGAGAGAGGCCCGCCGCGCUCAGGCUAAGAAGCGACGGCAGGACACCGUGCGCAAGAAGGACCUGCUGGGGGACAACCACUCGCGGCGGCCACCCACACAACAUGUCCUGGCACGAGAUCGUCGAGGCACAGGAUGGACGUGCAUUACCUGCUGGCAGUCAGUCUCCAGUACGACGACGGCGCAGAACAUCCACAGCUGGCUGACGCAGGAGUGCAGUGGCCCACCGCCCGAGACGGCGAUCACGGUCACCAAGUUCGGCAUCGAGUCGCACCCCGCACACAAGCUGAGGCGGCUGAGGAGGCACAACAGGUGGUUCUGCGAGAAGUGCGGAGGCGCCACCACUGAGCUGAUCGCCAAGAAGCUGCAGGAGCCUUGCUGCGGUCACACGGCAUGCGACAGCGGACACUACAGACUACAGGGGUGGCUGAGACAAGCGGCGCGAGAGCAGGGCACCUGCGACAGGCACCGCGCACUGAGCGACCCUGAGGACGAGGAGUACGAGGAGCAGCUUGCAGAGGCCAGCAGUAGCCAGAGCACGGAGGUCGACACGGCAGGGGGCACAAGCGACCAGGAGAGCUACGACGCCUACGGAGCCCAGCAGCCCGCCCGCCCCCCCAGCUGCAGGAGCAGACCGAGGGCCCGCGGCGCGGGACAGGGCUCGUCGGGCCGCGUCGGCCAGAGCGAGAGCGCGCUGCGAGGACCACGCGAGGCGGAGCUGGUGGCAGAAGAUGUGGUCUCCCCGCCCCGCGGCGAGAGGGCUGGGCUGCGGAGCCGCCCGCGGGCCCCUCGGCUGCUCGGCACGUCCCCUGAUGCCGAG